CCAUACAACAUGCUAAAAUCGUUGUUGCUACUCUUCCCUUUCGUCGGCGUUGCUGAUGGUAACUACUCAUGGAACAGGAAAAAGAUGGAAGACACAAUUUGCAGUCUCUGUGGACAAAGGAAGAGGAUGUCAGCCAGUUGGUCAACAAAUUGCGUUUUAUGCCUAUAUGUCGAGUAACAUCCAUAUGAAUAGAUUAUACAGGCACAAAAUUUUCGUUUAUGACAGUGUUGAGACAAACAUUGGAAACGGAUAUGACGCCAGAACGGGAAAGUUCAUCGCUCCGCAAAGUGGGGUCUAUGUCAUACACACAACAACCGUUUCUAUCGAUUAUUCUGCCAGUAUUAUAGAAAUUGUUAAAAAUGGAGUCGUUAAAGACGUAGCAUUUGCUGACUCGGGUAACCACGACGACAGGGUUACAAUUUACAAUAACAAUUUACGUGAUGUUUAUAAAAUUGAACUAAAGAAAGCUGCAACACAUUUCUUUUGGAUAUCCAUUGUUUUGAUAGGAGUUUCAGCCGGUAGCAUCAUCUUUGGAAUUUUAAAGAUUGUUUACAAAGAUACUGAUAUUUUCUCAAGGGAACAAGGCACUCCAAUAUGGUCGGGAGCACUGCUUCUACUUAGUGGUAUCUUUUGUUACUUUGGCUCUAAGAUUGACAUUGAUGAUAGAAAUCUACCAUCCUCCAAUUAUACCAAGAGAGUAAAUAUUUACAGAGUGAUAAACGGACUGAGUUUAGGAAUUAAUGUCAUAGCUGCUGGACUCUCUUCUGUCCCCAUCUUCUGGAUCUUAUAUAUUUGUGUCGAGUACGGGUGUUUUGUGAGAGAAAACCAGGCGUGGGACAUCGCCACAUUGAUACUCUCCAUCAUUCUGUGUUUCUUUAACAUUUUGGGGUUUGCUGUAUUGCAGACAUAUGAUAAAGCAUUGCAAUCUGAUCGAAGUCCACCCGAGGGAGGAACUGAUACUCAAAGAAAUUUAGAUCUGCCCCAACAACAUAAUCAUAGACCGAGUAAUUUAGAUCCAGGAUUUUAUGGAGAAUACAGAUUAGGUACAUUGGAGAAUAAAUUGCCUGCGGCUUAUGGCUUUAGGGAACGAGAGGUUAAUAUUGUCAACAUACCUACUGCUCCACCUCCAGAUUACUCUGCGUGUAUAUAAUUUGGUGUAUUCACAAUUUAGCGGAAUCACUAUGUAUUGAGUUGUUGGUGUAAUCAUGAAUUAGCGGUACAUACUAAAGCACCAAAUAUUAAAUUAAUGCAUAAAUAAUUUAUUGUCGGUACUCAUGAAUUUGCGCAUCGUUGUACGUGCCAAAGUCGCUGAAUUUAUUUGAAGCUUUCUUUUUUAUGUAAAUGUACAAAAUAUCUACUAAAACAUUUGAAAAUUUUGUCUAUCAUAUCUGUAGUUUUUUAAGGAUCAACUUCUUCGGAUAUAAGCAUGAUAAGAUAAAUAUUGGACUGUAAAUGUACGAAUUAUAAGAUAAUAGAAUGCAAAUUAAAUUGUAAACAGCAAUGCAGCGAGGUUACCAGUUGCCCAUCCAACUGACUUAUUCACUGGUCAUUUACAUAAAAUUAUGUAUCUAACAUGUUACAGGCUUCAAAUGACGGCUCCUUCUUUCAGUUAAAAUUCUUUUUGUUGUUAACAUUUUAAUUCUUUUCUUCAUAUAUUCAUUUUUGUAUUUAUUCACAAUUAACCUUGUGUAAAAGAUUAAAUCU